AACGAGUGCUAAAUGUGCCGGUGCUUCGCGAUGUCGACCUUCGAAUUGGGAAUGCGCGCUGUUUAACCGCCUCCCGUGCGAUACGACACGCGUAUUUUACCGGCGAUAUGGAUGCUCCAAGCAGCACACGGCUCUAAGCGUCACGACAGGGUUCGCACCCUUCAAAUAUAUUGCCUCAUCAACACUGAUAUACUCGAUCAAGGCCGUCGAUUGAUAUUUCGAGGAAAAAUCUUCCUCGCUAGCGAGGGGUGCUACCGCGUCUAGAGCGGAUGCUUAUCUGGAAUGGAGGGGAGUCAAAGGACAGUGGGCAUACAAAAAGAGCCUCCUUCCCCCCCUACCCAGCAAUUUUGCUCUAUCGUCAGAGCCAAGGUGCAGACGAUCUGAAGGCACCUCGUAAUAGCCUAGCUUCUAUAGCGGACAUCCGCCCAUCAUUUCCGCUCGGUAGCUAGCCAGCCCGAGAGUAGUAACCAGGCCGCCUGCCUCUUUAUCUCGGAACCAGAGCCAAGGCCAACAGGCUCGCUUAUCCAGCACCAUCGACGAUGCUGUCGCAGCUCCUCCCCCUCGCCGCUCUCGCGGCCACCGCCUCGGCGCACGGGCUGAUCUCGUCGCCUACGCCGCGCCGUCCCGGCGACGCCUCGGUGGCGGCGUGCGGGCGCUCGGUCGUCAACGACAUCACGCGGGACCAGACGUCGCACGUGGAAGGCCUGCCGGAGCUCGCGGCCGCCGACGCGGGCUACCGCGCGGACGCGUGCAACCUGUGGCUGUGCCGCGGCCUGCAGUUCGGCGACAACGCGGCCAACGUGCAGACGUACGCGCCCGGCCAGUCGGUCAACGUCCGCGUCACCCUCACCAUCCCCCACGUCGGCGCCGCCAACGUCUCCAUCGUCGACACCCGGUCCGACACCCUCGUCGGCCCCGCCCCCCUCCUCGUCUGGCCCUCGGGCUACGCCGACGAGCGCCAGUUCUACGCCCGCCAGACCCCCGCCAACCAGACCAACUUCAACGUCACCAUCCCCCAGGACCUCGGCGGCAAGUGCGCCGUGCCCGGCGAAUGCGUGAUCCAGUGGUGGUGGUACGGGACCGGCGCGAGGCAGACGUACGAGUCCUGCAUAGACUUUAUCGUGGCGUAGGGCGGUAGCCCGCUCCCGUGUCGAUGGCGGGCGGAGGGGAGGGGAGGGGGGAUAUUUCUGUUGUAUGUAUUUUGUCGAAGGGAUGCCGGCCGGGCUGGGACUGGGAAUACUAGGCGUCGAUAGAUAAUCUAGCGCAUCGUACCUAUGACUUUUGUGCCUGGCGUAGGUCAGGGUUAUCCUCUUGUCUGCUUGUUGACGGGAAAGGGGGGGCAGGUUGAACAAGUCUGGUAUUUUCAUCGGCUACUAGAGGAAAUUUCGUACUGCUAGGUAGGUAAGGUAAGAGGAACGAAACAAGAUUAUAUAAGCACGAAUACUCCUAAACAUCGUAGAUCAUCCCUUGAGUGCCACCGGCCCCACGCGUUUUCCUCAUAACUUACCAUACGACGUUAAGCGAAACAAAAUUCCCGAUA